CUCCUGCUGAGUCCGGGUGCGGGGCUGUGGACCCGGAGGUUCGAGUGUGGGCCCGCCGCCCGCCCACGGGGGGCUCCACCACCUUCGCCUCGGCCUCGCUAGCCCGCCAGCCCAACUCGGCGGCUCCUCCGCGAGCCCGCCGGGAACUCGCGCCCCUCGCGCUCCCCGGCGCCCGAGGGGGCCGCUCCGGGCCAUGGUGCCCUCCCAGGAGGAGCCCGCCGCCGCGCGGGGGACAAGCGAGGCGCAGCCGCUGGGCUCCGCGCCUCCGGGGGCCGCUCCGCUGCCCGGCGCGGGACCCUUAGACGGCCCGGAGGCGGCGGCGGCCGAGAAGGUGGAAGUAGAGCUGGGUGGGUCGGUGGGCGCCGAGCCCCUUGAACCCCCUGAGGGCGGCUGGGGUUGGUUGGUGAUGCUAGCAGCCAUGUGGUGCAACGGGUCGGUGUUCGGCAUCCAGAACUCCUGCGGGUUGCUCUUCGUGUCCAUGCUGAACACCUUCGGGUCCAAGGACGAUGACAAUAUGGUCUUCAAGACAGCAUGGGUUGGUUCUAUCUCCAUGGGGAUGAUUUUCUUCUGCUGCCCGAUCGUCAGCGUCUUCACAGACAUGUUUGGUUGUCGGAAAACAGCUGUCAUGGGCGCUGCUGUUGGAUUUGCUGGACUCUUAUCAAGUUCGUUUGUAAGCUCCAUUGAGCCUCUGUACCUGACCUACGGAAUCAUAUUUGCCUGUGGCUGUUCCUUCGCCUACCAGCCUUCCUUGGUCAUUUUGGGACACUAUUUCAAGAAGCGCCUUGGACUGGUGAACGGCAUCGUCACCGCUGGCAGCAGCAUCUUCACAAUCUUGCUGCCUUUCCUUUUGCGGGUUCUGAUCGACAGCGUGGGCCUCUUCCACACCCUCAGGGUCCUGUGCAUCUUCAUAUUUGUUCUCUUUCUGGCUGGCUUCACUUACCGACCUCUUGCUUCCAGUGCCAAAGAUAAAGAUGAUACAGCCAAAGGAGGCCACAGACUCUCCCUCUUUUCCAGGAGAAAGUUCAAUCCUCCAAAAAAAAUGUUCAAUUUUGCCAUCUUCAAGGUGACAGCAUACGCAGUGUGGGCCGUUGGAAUACCUCUUGCACUUUUCGGCUACUUUGUACCUUAUGUUCACUUGUGUGGCUUCUUUCUCUUUGGUCUACAGAUGAAACAUGUGAAUGAAAGGUUUGAAGAUGAGAAAAAUAAAGAGGUGGUUCUCACGUGCAUCGGCAUCACUUCAGGAGUCGGACGGCUGUUCUUCGGCCGGAUCGCGGAUUACGUGCCUGGUGUGAAGAAAAUUUAUCUCCAGGUCCUGUCCUUUCUCUUCAUUGGUCUGAUGUCCAUGAUGAUUCCCCUGUGCAGCGUCUUUGGGACCCUCAUUGCUGUAUGCCUCGUCAUGGGUCUCUUCGAUGGAUGCUUCAUUUCCAUUAUGGCCCCCAUUGCCUUUGAGUUGGUUGGUGCCCAGGAUGUCUCCCAAGCAAUUGGAUUUCUGCUCGGAUUCAUGUCUAUACCCAUGACUGUGGGCCCACCCAUCGCAGGGUUAUUCCAUGACAAGCUGGGCUCCUAUGAUGUGGCAUUCUACCUCGCUGGAAUCCCGCCCCUUAUUGGAGGUGCUGUCCUUUGUUUUAUCCCAUGGGUCCACAGUAAGAAGCAAAAGGAGGUCACUAAAGCCACUGGAGGAGAAAAGGUGGAGAAAAUGCUGGAGAACCAGAACUCUGUGUCAAGCUCAGCUGCAGUCUUUAAGAAGGAAUCUGACUCUGUUAUUUAAUGUCUUAUAUACCUCCACCAGACUGGACUUGCUUUCAGAAACUGAAGCAAGUUUUUCCUUUUAUAUAUGAAUUGCAAAUUUCUUAUUUUUUUAAUCACAUCCUAGGAGUAGCACAAUAAUUGGGAAGUAGAACCCUCAUUACUACGAGAACCAUUCGCUGCCACUGAACAGCUAGCUGUCUGAUAUUUCCGUGAGUCUGAGGGCGGAGACUCAGAUUCAGUUUUCAUGUACGAGAAAACCUGUCUGAAAGUCAACUAUCAUGAGAAUGUGAGGCUAUCUCAGUAAAAAAGCAGCUUCGGAAACUGUGAAUGCUCUUUAGCUUGUACAAAUACUUAAAAAUACCUCAAGCUAUACUGAAAGGGUUGUGGUUUGAUUAGGACUGGAAAUGUUAUUUGUUGUCUCACAUUGGUGUUUUUAGUUUUGGUAUCUCUGUUUUAAUUUCUUCUGCUACUUGGAAACUUCUUACAAAAUUUAAGCCUGGAUUCUAGUAUCAUAUCGACUUAGAUUUCAAGCCAAUGUAAAAAUUGUUUGCCUGCUGUUAAAUAAGCUAUGAAAGUAAGUUAUUCUGACUUGCUCCCGUGUCAAGGGACCUUCUUGGAGCAGGGGCUGACAAGGUAUUCAGAAUCAAUCAAUAUGUGAGAUGAACAGGAUACUGUUCAUAAGGGCAAAACAGUUCAGAAAUCAGACAUUUCUUCCAUUUACGUUUUCUCCCUUUGGAUUUGCAGUGUGUUUUACUCAGGUUGCCAGAAACACCCCAGAUUUCUGAAUGUUUAAGUUGUAACAGUAAAAUAGAAUGACUGAAAGAUAUUUUAGCAUUUUUAGCUUAGAUUUUUUUCUGACUUCUGAAUUUGUUGCACUAGGACCUGAUAUUUAAACAAGCAUAUUAUCAAGUUGCAGUUUUAGGCAUAAAUGGGAAAAAAAAGUAUUUGUGAAGAAAAUAUCUAUUUCUGAUAGGAAGAAUUGCUUAAGUUGGUAAAACUUUCUGGCAAAAAUUUGCAUUCAUAUAUAUUUAUCCUAGUGUGUUCCCCUUUAACACUGCCUGUAUUUUUCUAUUUAUAUAUAAAUAUAAGAAAGCAAUUAAAGUUUUAAAGAUUUAAAGUUAAAACCAAAGUCAUGACAUGACCUAUACUCAACUAAAAGAAAGAAACAGGAAUGGGUCCCUCAUCCUGAAAUUAUAUUUUAGUAUGUUUGUUUCUUAUUUAGGUCUUUAAAAGUUAAUAAUACGCAAACUCAUAUUUAAACCCCCAAUACGCAUGUGUAUUAGAUCCUCCUCAAAUGUGGCUCAUUCACCUGGGCAGGUGCAUGUUUUUUAUAAAACUCCUUCAGGACCCACCUGUUCUUAAAUCCUUUGUGCUGAGAGAAAUGCAGUCUCCCUGCUUUUCUGUUCAGCUUGGAUGGUUCGUGAAGGGCAAAGUCCUUCCAUUCCUGUCUCAAGCUGAGGAUGGAGAUGCCGGUAAAACAUAUGGAUUUCUGUUGUUGUUGGGGGAGGAGGGCACUCAGGAGGAAGAGCAAAGUGAGGCUGAUAAGUAAACAACUAGGAAACCCACUAACUUUUUCAGUAUCAGCUUUCUCAACCUGCAACCUUGAAGGUUCAGUAUAAACACUAAAUAUGGAAUUUAUUUAUAAUAGAGCUUUAAACAAUUUUGCUCUGAGAGACAUUCAGAUUCAUUCAGCUUACUACGUGAUACACACAGCUGCAGCCUACUACUUCCAAUACUUCCGUAUUUCAUAUACAAACAGCCAGGGACAAUCAUCAAACCUGCCACUAUAAAAUACUUAUUUUUUUCUAUAGUUUCAGCACAAAUUCCUGACUACCCCGUGAUUUUACAGAAAGAACAGAUCUGAAAAACUUACUCUGUAAAGACCUUCAGAAUGUUUUUCCUUUCAUUAUUUGGCUGAUAUUAGGGGAAAAAAGUAAUUACCUGAAACUCAGACUUGAUCUUGUUUAUUUUCCAUAAUAAAAGAGCAACGUGACAAGUAGAAUAUAACUUAGAUCUCAGACUACUGUGUUUGUGUAUAAUAUUACAUAUAUGUAGUUUUCAGUCCAAUGGAAUGAAUCAAACAGAUCUAUAACACUGAGAAGGCUCCACUAAAACAGACUCUUACGGACAGUGCUGUGCUGUAGUGAUAUAAAGUUAAAAGUAUAGAAGAUAAGAUGCUGAAUUACAUAAAAUGCAUAUUUAGUAAUACGUUGUUUGGUACAAAAAGCUCUAAAAGUCUAAAAUAUACAACCUAAGAAAAAAUACCAGUAUUAACAAAGAUUUGUUUUAGACCAAGGAAUGUUACUUUAAUCUUUCAAACUAAGGCCUAAUUUCUAAAGACUGUUACUUAAUUGCAGUAAAGUGACCUGAUGGACAUACAUUUUGUUGUUGUUGUUGUUUAAUCCAAGACACUUUUUU